UUGAGUCACUCCAGGGACCCCUGCAUUGGAAGCAGUCAUUGACACCCCAACUCGGGCAUUCGAUCUCCAAAUCUCCACAACCUUCCACCGCCUUGUCACAGCUAUCUUGCCAUUUAAGCAUCACUAAUAAAAAACACCAAACUUUCAACCACCCUACCCUCCAGGGCCACCCAAUCCGACCCUAACUAUACAACCCCCCCAAACACCAUGUCCGACAACGUCGGCCUCUCCACGCCGCGCGGCUCCGGCACGUCGGGGUACGUGCAGCGCAACCUGGCACACAUGAAGCCGCGCGACAACGCCGCGCCCUACCUACCGCGCAACGACGCCGACAGCCUGCGGCACAAGCCGCGCCAGCCCGACAAGGGCCUGCUGGAGCACGCCCGCAAGCGCGAGGUCGAGGUCAAGGUGUUUGAGCUAAGGGAGAAGCUCGAGGACGAGGAGGUUGACGAAGACGAAAUCGACACCCGCUGCGACGAGCUGCGCAAGAAGCUGCUGGCCGAGAUGGACAAGAACCAGGCUGGGGAUGGGGGGAGGGGAGGAGUUGGGCCGAAGCGGAACUUGAAGAUGCACCAGGUGCAUGAGUUGGCCGACGCAAAGAUCAAGGAGAGCGAGCGAUUAAGACAGGCGCUCAAGAUCAGCAAGGACUACGAGGAGGGGGGCCAUUGGAGGAGACAAGAAGAGAGGCUGAAGAAGAGCCUCGAGCAGGAGGCGGAUGGGAUUGCGGAAGGGGCUAAGGACGAGGAAAAGAGCGAGAGGAGCCGGGAUAGGUAUUGAGAUUGUGCGAGCGACGGCCAAGGCUCUGUUUAUCGGCGUUAUAUAUACGGGGGACAGGCGUUCGGCGUCUUCGGGUCGGAGGAAGCGCUCUGGUUUGGUCUUAUCUCAUAUGGUGGAAAAGGCCUACCGCCUCUUGAGUACUCCUGUCAUGGAGAAUGAGUAGCCCCAGGCUCUUUCCAACCCUUUUUCGGUACCGGCGAUGCUGGUGUAUCAUCAGCUCAGCAACCACUUCCGGCAUCCCCCUUAUGCAGCCAUCCACCACCCUCCCGAUGUUACACAGAGCUGA